GGGAGAUGAGUGGUGGAUCUGUUUGUAACUUUUUUAAAAGUUUGUAACUGGCCUGAAAUGGUUUUGAAGCAAUUCACCACAAUGUUUGUUUUAAAAGUUUACUAGAGCUCAUUAGACACAUUACUGUUCCUGAAUAUACCUUGUGAGCCUGACUCAGACCAUUAAAGCUCACCUGACUGAGCAAGGGGCGUGGCAACACAGACGCCCUAUAAAUGAAAGCAUGCCAAGAAUUUCAUUAACAACAUAGACAGAGCACAUCCAGACAAGAGCAGCACUCCCAGAACAAACCCGCCAUGCUCAGAUUAUGCACGCUCCUCUCCUCCUUGCUACUCCUGCUCUUUGGCUCCAGCUCAGGGAAGUGUAAGCCUCAACAAGCCCAGAAGCAAACACUUGAUGUGGACAUUCAGAGGGUCCAACUAGUGGAGGCGGUCAAGAUGGGAAUCCUGAGCUCACUUGGGAUGGACAAGGAGCCCAAGAUCACCCAAAAAGCAUCUGAGCGAGAAUUGAGGAGGAUGCAUCAGCUCUACUGGGAAAAACUGAAGGAGAUGAGGAGAAAUUCUAGCCAGCCGACGGGAGCGACUGUGUCGACGGUGCUUUUUCCAGUUCCAGUGAAAGCACCUCAUUGGAAAGACCUGUCGCAGUUGCCACCCGGUCGACACAUGCAGUUGUACAGAGCUGUUUUCCAUAAGAACCCAAACAUCCAUCCGGAGGCUAUUUUAACCCGAUCUCAGCUUCGGGUUUCCACGGCGACUCCAAUUCAACCAACGCAAGUAAAGUCUGACAUUAGGAGGGAGAUUAAAGUCAAGCGCAUGAAGAUGGGGAACUCCACCGGGUGGACACACACGACCCCUCGUGUUGAUGUCUCAAAGAUGCAAAAUGUGACAAUGGACAUCGGCACCAAGGUGACAAAGUGGAUCAAAACAGAUGAUGAUGAUACAGCAUUGGUUGUGGAUGUAAGGAUGGCUGUGGGUGAAAGCGAGCCAAUCAUCUCUCUGGAAUUAGACUUCAUUCCCCCCAAAGCAGCAACGAAAAGAAGGCUGCGUCGCUCCAACAAGGAGGACGAGUGCAACGAACAAGGAUGGUGCUGCCGCAAAUCCGUCAACGUGUCAUUCCAAGACAUCGGCUGGACCGAUUGGAUCGUGGCCCCAACGGAGUACACGAUGCAUUUGUGCGACGGCACGUGCCCGCACAACUACAAGCCGGCCAGCAUGCACACGCAGGUGAAGUCUCGCUUAAACCAGAUCAUGAAGGGCGGCUCGCCUAGGCCAUGCUGCGUGCCGGCCUCCUACGAGCCCAUGGUCCUCAUGUACUACGACGGUAGGGGGAAGUUGAAACUGUCACCUUUUAGUGACCUAAUAGUCACUAAAUGUCAUUGUGCCUAAGGCAGCCCAAACUCAUAUUGUAAUGUUUUUUUUCUGACUGGAAUUUUAUGUUUAAAUAUUUUAUUUAUUUGAAAAUUUUAUUUAUUGUCCGACUCCUAAACUACAUUCAUGUAUCAAGUGUGCCAUUGCUAUUGUUACCCCAUUUCAUAAAGCAGUGUUUCCCCAU